AUGGGUUCUAGAUCACGUUGGCGCCAGAGUUGGGCUCCACAGCCAUUGACACCCUUAAUGGAAGGCCCUGAUCCUGAGAUGCAAGAAGAAGGAACCAAAAAAGAGAGCUCUUGGGAAGUCAUAAGGGAAUGGUUCAGGACUCAGAAGAUCUCCCCUGGAAGCAGCUUUUCACAAUCAUUCUAUGGAACUAUGCAUGCCAAGACACAAGAUUUGAGGUUAUUGCUUGGUGUAUUGGGCUGUCCUCUGGCUCCAAUUCCCUCUGCCCAUGAUCCCACUCUUAGCAUUCACAUCAAAGAUACCCCAUUUGAAACUUCAACUGCCAAAUACAUUAUACAGCAGUAUUUGGCUGCAACUGGGUGCCUAAAACAGCAAAAGGACACUAAAAAUAUGUAUGCAACUGGGAUGGUGAAGAUGAUUCGCUGUGAGACUGAGAUUUCGUCUGGGAAGAAUGUCAAGUGUUUAGGGACAAGAAGCAGUGAAAAUGGAUGCUUUGUUCUUUGGCAAAUGCAACCAGGAAUGUGGUCACUUGAAUUGGUGGUUGGUGGCCAUAAGGUGGUUGCUGGUAGCAAUGGCAAAACCGUGUGGCGACACACACCAUGGCUAGGAACACACGCAGCCAAAGGCCCCCAACGCCCAUUGCGUCGCAUUAUUCAGGGCUUGGAUCCGAAGAGCACAGCAAGUUUAUUCACAAAUGCACAAUGCUUGGGCGAGAAUCGAAUCGGGACAGUUGAUUGCUUUGUGUUAAAGGUUUGCGCUGAUCGUGCGGCCGUGAUUGAAAGGAGUGAGGGGCCCGCAGAGGUGAUAAGGCACAUACUAUAUGGCUACUUUUGCCAAAAGAGUGGGCUCCUCAUAUAUUUGGAAGACUCACACCUCACAAGGGUUCCAACCCAAGAGAAUGAUACGGUGUAUUGGGAGACCACCAUAGGAAGCAGCAUCGGCGACUAUAGAGACGUUGAUGGGGUCUUGAUCGCGCAUCAAGGGCGAUCCAUCGCGACGGUGUUCCGGUUUGGUGAACUCUCGAUGCAGCAUAGCAGAACCAGGAUGGAAGAGACCUGGACUAUUGAUGAUGUUAUGUUUAAUGUACCUGGACUCUCCAUGGAUCAUUUCAUUCCUCCUGCUGAUAUCUUUGACAAUAUAAAUUCUCCAUGA